UACAAAAUAUUAUUUUUCUUAUAUUUUGUGUAGUUUCCCUUCAAAAUUGCAGGAGGGUAUCGUACUCUGUCACCAAUUUCAGUUGUCAACAAUUGAAGGCAGGACUGGUACGGGCAGGGUGUCCUUCAGGUGUGAUGUAUCCGAGAACUCUGCGAAUUCUGAGACUGGUGGCCCAGAACAAGGUUCGGCUGGGAUGCCUCCCAGUCUAUUGCCUCGCAAGCAGUUCUGCCCUCCACCGGUGUGAGGCAAGUAGGAAUGGACUGAGUUACACCAGAUUUCAGCAAGCACAGCAGUGUCGCCGUCUGGCUACUGCAGACCAGCCACCUGGCCAUGACCUGAAACAGAAACAACAACAGCAAGAACAGCAGAAGGCUACCUCUCCUGCUCUCACCUCCACUGCCACUUCCCGCCUCAAGGAAGCUGUCAUCAAGGUUAUUCCAAGAAAAAAGGAGAGGCCAAGGUUUGACAGUUCCCACCAUUCUCUGGAAAGGAACUUCAUCACGGCAGUGCGAGCAAUGUCUGAGUUCCUGCUCAAGCCUUCAGACCUAGAGAACCUGCGCAAGACCAAACGCAGGUCGCCCUUCGAGAAUGAGCCGCCCAUCACUGUGUACUGGCGCAAGGAUGUGGAGGCAAAGGCUGUGGAGGUUUGGGGAAGUGAGGAAGCCUUGGAGGAAGAAAGGAAAAAGAGAGAGAAAGAGAUAAGAAGAUACCAACAGAUGGAUGUGUUUCAUGUCAAAAGAGCCAUCAAGAAGCUUUACGUACUGCGGAACAUUCUCAAGAGCAUGAGGCAGCGAGCAGAUAUCUUCAACAUCAAGCGCCUUCUUCGGGAGCACCGCCGGGACCAGAGGACAUCCCCAGAGCCUCCCACCAUCCCCACUACCCUUGACACCUCUGGAAAAGUGGUGUGGGCAGCUGUGGUCAUCAAUGGUGCCAAUAUGGUGAUGAAGCUUGGUGCCUGGGCCUUCACUGGGUCACAUAGCUUAUUCGCCGAGGCACUCCACUCGCUGGCAGAUGUCACCAACCAACUUAUCUUGGCAUAUGGCAUUCACAAGUCCAAACAGAGUGCAGAUGUAGUGCAUCCCUAUGGCUACACCACCAUGCGCUAUGUGUCUUCCCUCAUCUCUGGUGCCAUGAUCUUCUGUGUGGGGUCAGGCCUCUCCAUCCAGCAUGGCAUUGCAGGUCUCUUGGAGCCCUCUGAGGUGCUGCCUCUGUACUGGGCCUUCUACAUCCUGGGGGGCUCGCUGAUCACUGAGGGUGGCACGCUGCUAAUGGCAGUGCAUGCUAUACGCAAGGGGGCACGGCACCAGCAGAUGAGCUUCAUGGAGUAUGUGUUGCGAGGCCAGGAUCCCAGUGUGAAUGUGGUGCUGCUGGAGGACAUGGCAGCAGUGAUGGGGGUGACGGUGGCUCUGGGCUGCAUGGGCCUCACCUCCUGCUUAGGUUCACACGUACCAGAUGCCAUUGGGUCAUGCCUCAUUGGGGGCAUCCUGGCAGCCGUGUCUGGUUUCAUCAUCUACACUAAUUCUGCAGCUCUGGUGGGAAAAUCCAUCCCACAGCACCGCCUGGAGAAAAUCAAUGAGGAGCUGGAGCAAGACGUGUUGAUUCGCGCCAUCUAUGACGUGAAGGGCAUCGACAUGGGAACGGGCCUGGUGCGCUACAAGGCUGAGGUGGACUUUGAUGGGAGGGAAUUGACCAAAUACUACCUUGAUCAGCAGGACCUUGAGGCUAUACUGAAGGAGAUGCAGGGGUUGAAGACAAUAGAGGAUGUGGAGGCCUUCAUGCUCAAACACGGGGAGAACAUUGUUGACAGCCUUGGGGAGCAGGUGGACAGGAUUGAGACUAUACUGAAGAAAAGUCAUCCAGAAAUUCGUCACUGUGAUCUGGAAAUUCUGUAGUGUGUGUGUGUGUGUGCGUGCGUGCGUGUCUACUAUGCUAGGAGAGCAGAAUGUGAUACUGUGCUCAGGCCCUGGAGAAAGAGAGAGAGAGAGAGAGAUUAUAAACAUAUGAAUAAGAGCCUUACACUAACCUUGAAA